UUUACUUUUGGAAAAUCAAAUUGUUAAUUGUCAGAUGAAUUGUUUAGUGUUUUAAUCCAUUUUAAAUUAUUUUUUAUUCUUUUUUUUAUUUUGUUAUAAGAUUUUAUUGAUAAUCUUUUAAUUCGAGUGUCAUGUUCCUCUUGAAUAAGUUGAUUGAUUCCAAGAAAAAAGCUUCCAAACCUGAGGCAAAUAUUAUUGUUGUUAAUAAUGAGCCUACAACAAGUAACUCAACACCAUCUAGUUCAACAAUUAAAUUUAAUUUACCUUUUGCUCCAUUGAUUCCUGAUAAUAUAUUAAUAAGUGGAUUACCUCAACUUGAUCCGGUUCCAUUGGGUAAAUUUGGUUUACAUUUACAAGAUUUUCUUAGGAAAAAAGCUGAUACAGUUUCCAAAAAUCAGAUUAAAUUGUGUGAGAAAAUCAAAGAAGUUGAAUCAUCUACAAUUACAAUUACUAAUCAUAUGGAGGCCAAAUCAAAGAGAUUAAGGAAAGUUGAAGAAUCAUUUGAUCGAGUACAAGAGAUGUUCGAUAAAUGUGAAUCAAGCCUGGAAUCUUGUUUAAAUAGUAUUGAUCGUCUCAACAAUUCACUCCCACCUCAUCUCAAAUUGAACAAUUUUGAUUAUAAUACCAAAAAAUUGGAACCAAUUGAAUCAUAAAAACUACAAGAAAACUAAUUAUCAAAGGGAUUUCCAUCAUAUGAUCUCAUGAUUUGAUCGAAAUCAAUUGUAAACAAAUCGGAGGAAAACCAAUUAAAAUUCAUUGUAAUUACUUAAAAACAAGUGGAAAUAUUAUUCAAACAAUCAAUUAAUGUUAUUCUUGCCACUGAUUAAACUAAUACUCAACCAAUCGAA